AAUCUAAAAAAAAAAACUUUUUUAAACCAGUAAAAUAAUUAAUAAAAAGAACAAUAUAAAACAUGUUAAAAACUAUAAAAUUAACAACAACAUUAACAAUUGUGUUCCUAAUUUUAAUAAAAAAUGUUGCACAAAUUGCAAGUUCUGCAGCCAAUACUAAUUUUGCAACAUUUGAAGAAAACAACAAAAAUAACGAUGAAACGCAUCGCUUAACAAAGCGCAUGGACUUGGAAUCAUGUUUAGGCCAAUUUGAUGUUCAUAAAAACACCAUCAUACGUACGGGUGAAUCACAGGCUAUUGGCGGUAAAUAUCUACAGGGUAUAGAACUGGAAACGAUGGAAGAAUGUCAACGUUUAUGCUGUGAAACGGAUUCAUGUGAUGUUUAUAUAUUCGAAAGUAAAAAAGAUGGUUACUGUUAUCUUUUCGAAUGUGGUACACCGGAAAAUUUCCACUGUAAAUUCACCCGUCAUGCUAAUUACACAAGUGCCGUGCUAACACCUGUUCUACGGCCAGUAAAUGAGGUAACAACAGCACGACCGCCACCGGCAACACAUUUGGCGCACAGUAUUACUUCGAAUAUAUCGCAGCAGGAAUGGGAAUUGUCGAAUUUAAAAAUGAAACCGGAAGUAAAAGAAAAAACUAAUGAUUUGCCACUAAGCGAAGGUGGGGCUAUGAAUAGUCUCAAUAGCAAUAAUAAGAAAUCAUUGGCCGGAGUAGAAGCUGGUCUAAUGCAAAAAGUUAAUACUUCAGUCCAAUGUGGACGUUUUCAGUUUGCUUGUCACUCCGGUGAAUGUAUUGCUGUCUAUAAUGCCUGUGAUGGUAUACCUCAAUGUGAGGAUGGCAGCGAUGAAGGUCCCGAAUGUUCGGGAGCCAAUAAUAAUAUGAAUACAAAUGUCAAAACUUUACAAGAUACUGUAGUUGCAAAUAAAGUGAUGACAGCUUCCUCUAUUUCUCAGUAUCCAGCUUCAUCUUUGGCUCAACAAACACCUCAGCAACAAUUGCAGAGCAUGCAACAGCAACAUUCUCAAAGUCCGGCCAUAAUACCGUCUGUAGGUUUGGUUAACAAUCGUGAAGAUCCCAAUGUUUGGGAAUCACGUAAAAUUGUCUCUGGUUCACAAACACAUGUCGCUGGCAAUGGAAAUAUAGGUAACCCAGAAUCUUCAAAUCUCAAUCAACUGACAGCUCAACAACAACUACAACAGCAGCAACAACAACAGCAACAAGGUGAUAGUUUUACAUCUUAUGUCAACAAUCGUAAUCAAAAUAAUGCUGUUUAUGGUGUAGGCUCCUCUACAUUGGAGCAAAGUGGUCUCUAUAUGCCUCAUGUGGCUCAAGAAGUACCCAGUAAUGUUUAUGUUGGCCAACAACAGCCGCAACAACAACAACAACAUAUUUUAUUACCACCUCCUCCUCCACCUCCACCAGCUCCUCUUAAUUCCAAUUGGCAACAACAGGCAAUUUUGAAUCAGCAAAAGCAACAGCAACAACAAAAACUUGCUGCUCAAUCAAUAUCAUCACAACAACAGCAAUCACUGCCUGAAGUUUCCUCAUCUUAUGUGGGACAAAAUGAAGCUAUUCCACAGCAGCAGCAGCAACAAACCCAAUUGACAAAUACUGUGGUGGUUCAGCAACAACAAUCUGCCCAAAAUUUGGUGCCUUCUUUAAUACAACAACAGCCAGCUGUUCAAACUCAAGGAGUUACGCUUAAUAAUGGAGCAGCUAAUAAUGAACAAAAAUUAGAAGAUUCUGAUGAAUAUGAAGAUUCGGAGGAAAAAUCUACUGAGCCACCGAAGAAGCACAAGCACAAAAAAGUUAAAUCUAAAUCUAAAGAUUCCCAGAAAUCCAAAGACGAUCACGACGAUACAAAAUCCCACAUGAACUCUAUAAAAAAUGUAAAAUCUGCCAUUUCUCCAGUACAUGAACAAUACGAAAUAAUUCAUCAAAAUAUGGCUCUAGAAUUUCGUGAUCACGACGGACAGUCUGAGAGGCCGGGUGGAGCGGUUUUAUCUCUUACCUUAGGUCUGUUAAUAACAGCAGCUUUAGCUAUUUUAAUUGGUUGUCGCAUGCGAACUGUCGGUAGGCGGGCACGACGUUUGGGCGGAAAAACACCUUAUUCACAUGAAGCCGAUUUUUUGGUGAAUGGAAUGUAUUUGUAAAAACAAAAAAGUGUUUCUUUUUUAUAUUGGCUUCAAAUUAAUAUA